CAAAUUCGACAGUCUUAGCCUGGUCGGUGUGACGAGUACAACACAAACGCUUUGAGGUACGGAACGCGUGCGCACGUUAUCGUCGGACGUCGGUUAAAAAAGUUUUGUACUUUGCUUUGCUUGGAGUUUUGAGUGUGCGCGUAUUUAGUGGUCUUGUACGAGUGUGUGUAUGUUUGUGUGUGCAUGUGCGUGAACACGAGUCGUAGACGAGUAUACGAGCCUAAAAUUGCGGAAUGAGCUUUUGGCAGCACAUUAAAGAAAAGCACUUAAAUCGCCACACUAACGCCCGACAAGGAAGUGUAAAAGCAGAAAUGUUGUAAUAAAUAAAAAAAUGCACAAACAAUGAAAGACACGCAACAAUUGCAACAACAAUAUUAACUGCAAUAAAAUUCAAAAACUACAAAACUAAUUUGUAUUUGGCUAAAAUUUAAAUUAGAUUACGCAAAAAUCAAGCAGCCUGAACAAGAAAAGGAGCGGCUAUUAAACAUUGGACCCGCACAAUAUAUUUGGCAAAACAAAAUAAUAAAUACAAAAAACUGAAAAGUUAAAAAAUUCAACGGGCUACGAGUCAAGCAAACACAGACUGCAAAUAUGAAGCCAUUCACACAACUUGUCUAUGCGGCACUGCAAAUAAUCACAAUCGCCACUUUGGUUACACAUGGCGCACAAAUACCAACAGCAACGAAAGAAGCCCUGUCUGAAUUGGAUGCCGCCGCUGAAGCGUCCGAUUCCAUCUCCACAUCGAAAUCCAGCAUUGAGCCCACAGUGCGAAUAAAGUGUUUGAGCGGUUCCAUGUUGAUAACCAUCAAAGAUGCACCGUUAAAUCAUGAGACUGGCCUAUUUAGUGGCAUGAUUUAUCCUAAGGGGCUGUCGAAGAAUUCGACAUGUCUUACCGAGUACAGGGAUCAUGAUGGCCCAUUGAGAUACAAGUUACCGUUACGCAGUUGUAAUACCAUGCCACAAGAAACGGAUGACGGCGGCAUUGAGUUCUUCAAUACCAUUGUCCUGCAACCACAUUUGAAACUCAUCACCGACGCCGGUCGUGGCUAUCAUGUGCGCUGCUCGUAUAAGAGUCGCGAUGCGGCCACCAGUACGCCAAAGAAGAAGCAUGGGCAACGCCGCAAAGCGAACAGUGGCAAGCAUGCGCAAAAGCCACAAGCCUUUCGUAGCGCUGAAACGGCAGCUGUGGGGGUGGGUAGCGAUCGUCGCGAUUAUGGACGCUCGUUGGAUAAGUAUCGUGCCGCAGGCGAUGACUUCGAUCAGGAAGACGUCUAUGACGGUGACGACAGCGAUGAUGCUGUGGAUGCGGGCAACCAAGAGGACGAUAGUCUCAACGAGAUACCGAUGCCCGGUUGCCAUAUGAAAAUCUACAAUUCCGAGCAUAAAAUUGCUGAUGAUGUGAAAAUUGGUGAUCCGCUGACGAUUGUCAUCAGUAUUGACAAACAGGAGCUGUACGGUCUGCAUGUGGCCGAUUGUAUUGUGCGCGACGGUUUAGGUUGGGGUGAGCAGCGGCUAUUGGGCGAUGAUGGUUGCCCAAUGGACAAUGAAAUUAUGGGCCAAUUCAACUACACCAGCGAUCACUUGGCGGCCAAUGUUACCUUCCCGGCACACAAGUUCCCCUACACCACAUCCGUGUACUAUCAGUGCAAUGUGCAUUUGUGCGCCCUGCAGGAUCCCGAGUGCCAAAUGCCUCCUACGUGCAGCGGCAAACGACCGAAACGACAAACUAACAACGAUAACAAAGACGAAGACGGUCAACCGGCCACCAUCGAAGUCUACUCCGGUCUGUAUGUGAACGAGAAUGUGGAUGUGUCCGAAGGCGAUGAUGAUACAGUGCUCAAGGAGCGGACACUUGAGGAUGCGUUGUGCGUGUCGCAGCGCACCUUCGCCAUUGCCAUAGCAGUCGCCGGUCUCAUAUUGAUGUUGGCCGUCGUUGCCGCCGUACUCUGCAUUAUGGCCCGAAGGAGCACGAAGAGUGUGUCGAAUUCGGGCAGCUCCAUUUACAGUGGUCCCUAUACGAAUACAGCGUUCUCGCAUAGCAGUUAAAUGUAA